AUGCUGAGGGAGGUCAAGACAGCCCCGCUGAAACCGCAACAACGAUUAACGAUCCUCAGGGACUACUUGAUACCAAGACUCAUCCAUGAACUGGUUCUGGGGAACGCCCACAGAAACACCCUGCUGACUAUGGAUAGGAUGAUCAGGCUGGCCGUUCUUUCUCCAGAUGAUAAGUAUAUCAUAACCGCAGACAGAGAUGAGAAAAUCAGAGUAAGCUUCCGACUUCAACCGUACAACAUUCAGGCUUUCUGCCUAGGGCACAGAGAAUUUGUCAGUGCAUUGCUUGUGCCUGCAGGACACCCUGACUGGCUUCUCUCCGGCUCAGGGGAUGGCACAGUGAAGGUUUGGCAUUAUGAGACUGGUCGGAGGUUACAUAGCAUUGACCUGAAGCAACUUGUCAUUUUAGACAACUCUAAUGUAGACACAGAAAAGAGGUUUGCUGUUAGCCGGAUCAUCAGCUCGCCAGAUGGGCGACACAUAGCUGUCCAGUGCGAGAGAUUUACCUCAGUUCAGCUGUUUCUGGUGGAUGCUGGGACAGAGGUCUGCUUGAAACCUGCUGAGAAACUUGUUCUUCCUCAUGCUCCCUGGGACAUGACCUUUGAUUCACAAUGCCAUCUUUGGGUCAUACUGGAGAAUGAAGACGUGAAUGUGCUUCUAUAUCAAUACUCAGAAGAACACUGGGAGCUGUGUGACACAGAAACACCUGAAUUGAGCAGGGUCACUGAAGCAUUAAAAGCCCAAUGGAAUGUCUUUAAAGGUUCCGUGGGGCUGGAAAGUCAGUUUAAGCACUUGUAUAAGGUGAACUUUGACAACAUGGCAUCAUAUUUACAAAAGAAACAGGAAAGACUAGAAAAGGAAAGCAAGAAGAGAGCAGCAGCAAAUGGCUCCAAACCCAAUGUGACUGAAAAAAGAAGUAAAACGCAGAGCGAUUCUGUGCUUCAAAGCACCGGCUAAAUAGGAGGCUUCCUUUUUACAUUUGUUUUCAGACAAUGAUUAUGCUAUUUUUUUACCGUUUAAAUUUUUUUUUUUUAAACCGAAGGGUUAUCAUUGUGUAUGUGUUGGCCAUUAGAUGUCACUAUAAUUUCUUUUAUGCUCAGUUAAUAAACAACAAUGAUGAUGGCUUUACUUUUUAUGCAGCUGCAAAAGAACACGAAUAAACAUAAUACUUUAUUCAAAUACAGAGUGCUUUUAAAAUGACACCCACUGACGUUUGUUAAAAGUUAGACUUUUAUUUUUUGAGUAAAAUUGACUACAAAUCUGUACAUCCUGUAUAAUAUUUAUACUUAUACAAAACCAAAAAAAAAACCCACUAAUAAAGACUCAUUCGAGUUCAAGGCUGAGCUGUACAAUGUUCAAUUCCCUGAAAGGUGCUUUGGAUUUUCUGAGAUGUCACUCAGUGUCCAUUUUUACCAACUGUUAUGAGGAUUCC